AGGUUAGGUGUGUCAGAUACUGGUUAACCGAUUGGGCUGUGUAGGUACAGUAUAUUACAGCCAGAUCUCUAAAGGUUUCAGUAUUUGAUAGGAUUUUCUGUCAAUACUGUACAGAGUUGUGGCCCCUUGAAGUCAGGUAUGGCGCGGCAGGGAUUUGCUUACCUUAGUGGCAGCCCUGAAGGACUGUGGAUUAACUCAUCUUCAGAGGGUUAAGCCGGUGUUGUAGGAAACGGCAGAGUAGAGAAGGCAGGCGGUGUGGGGGAUGAAUCUUGGUUAGGUAAACUUAAGGUGGCCGUCAGUGUACUGAGUAAAUUGUGUAAUGUUCCUAGUGGUAAGGGGCGGGUGGUGUGCAGUAUAUCUUUCCUGUUCACGCCCCGGAUGUUCUCAAGAUUCGUAUGGGAUGUUUUUAUUUUUAAUUAUUCAAGUAAAAACACGUCUGAAGCUAAGAGACAGAUGAACUCAAGAAGUUUCGUAGAUUAAGUUUUCCCUUUUGCCUAACAACCUUAAUACAAGUCUAACUGGUUCACUUUAACUAUGAUUUAAAGAUGGAUUACCAAGGCUAUGGCGUUAUCAUUUAAUUGGUGUUAUAGCGCACGUAACUUAAACUACGACACAAAGAUUCUCAUAGGUUCCUAUGUUAAGUUAAUCUGUCCGUAUCUGGUGUUGUUAGAACGCAUCUGACUCGACUACGGCACAAAAAUGGUGACCAAAAUGUCGACAUAAUUCCACACUAGAUGUGUUUCCACACGUACAGUUAGGGAAGAAAGUUAGCGUACGAACCUUGUGAAUGAUGAUGACGUGUUUUGAGUCUGUUCCAUCUUGUCAAGUCUGAAUAAGCGGAGGGGGAUAAAGAUAAUGGCUAUAUAGAUAUAAAGUUGACUGGUAGGUAGGUCACUAGUAGACAUAUACUCGUUGAUAGACAAUCGAUUACCUCAGGCGAGAGUGUUUGUUGCAGGGGUCGCCGCCGUGAUAAUGGUCGUUGGCAACUUAAGGUCGCUUACCUCUCUCACCUUCUAUAAGAAGGAGCAACGCUGGUCAGCUGUUAGUUGAGAGCGAGACGUUGUGUCGAAGACAUCUAUUAAGAUGAGAAUCGCAUGCAGAGAGAAUAUUAUCGUCGCUGAUUUUCGAUCUUCAUAAGUGCGCUGUACUGUGUUUAAGACAUUGCAAGUUGAUAUUGUAUAUUGUCGUACCAGUCGUUAAGUUGUUAUAGCAAACGAACUUUAACUGCAUUUAUAAUUUUAUAAGUUAUUCUGAUAUUCACCAGCAACCAUGACUGUGGGAACCCAUGCCACACGUGGUAUUACCAGUCAUGAGGACACCAGCCACCCUCAUCGAUCACGGUUAAAUUCGACCAAGAAGCCGCAAACCCUUAGUGGCAUUGGUGGGCAUCACAAUAAUCAUCACAAGAGCAGGCGACGGUCACUACAACACGAAGACGCCUUUAUCCCCGACCUGUGUGACUCGCCGGCUUACACCAGCUGUGUUGAGAGUGGCUAUGUCCAGAGGAACAACCCGCUCUAUGAUGCCAGUAACAACAAUCAAACAAAUAUCCUCGAUCUCAAUCACGUAAAGAGCUACAACAGGGGAAUCCCCAUCUCGGCCUACCCCAAGUCCCUCAUACAGUGGCCAGUUGACGGAUCGACAAAAAACAAACGGAUUUCAGAAGUAAAGAAACAGGUUAAGCUUCUUGGCAACUUCAUCAAGAUGACCGUUGGAGGAGGCCAUCAUGCUGAAGCUCUUUCCGAUGACAAGACACCAACCAACCCCCCACCCUUCUCUGGUCAUGUGGACAUGUCCAGAAUUCCCGUACAUAAUCUUGCACACUCGGCAGAUGAAACAUCGAUGGCCAAAUGGGAUGAUAUCAAAACCCAAAUGCAAACGGGGCGAAUGAAAGAGGCCAAACAGAUGGUUCGGGAGACUGACUGGAGUCUUGGUAGUCCAGCGCGUGAGAAUCUCUGGCGCGAAAUGUGCCGCCAUCACUCGUCUGAAAAGGAUUUUGGAGACUUUUAUUACUGGGACAGUGUGAAGCAGAUUUAUGGAACCACAGAACUCUCAGAGUGCAGCGUACAAAUGCCCGCCUUCAUUGAUACAAGCUACAAGAUAUCACAUUCUCUUUCACCUCGGGGAGUAACAGCUUGUGAACGGAUUAUCUCUGUCAUUGCAUUCAGUCACCCUGCCAUCACCUAUGCUCCAUCUCUUUAUGCCCUGACUUCUAUGCUGCUUCAUUACAUGGAUGAAGUGGAUGCAUACAACUGCAUGGCAGCUCUUGUUAGUGGAGCCCAGAACAAAUUUCUUACACAAACUAAAAUUGCAAAUGAAGCCCACUGGAGAGCUGCAAUGAUCCUGGGCAAAAAACAUAUCAGAGGUGCCUUCUCAACUCUGUCCAAAUUUGGAGUUCCUCAAGAGCAGAUUGAGGAGGCAUUCCAUAGCUGGAUUUGGUGGAUUCUAGCAGCUUUGCCUAUCACACAUGUGGUACGUGUUCUUGACUGCUUCCUAUUUGAGGGUUCAAAAGUCAUGUUAAGAAUUGCACUGGCCAUUUUCCACUUGUUUGUCAAGGCUGUAGCACAUGAUCCAGCUAUGGUCGGGGCCCUCCCAUCCAAAGGCCUGAAUGAGUCGAUCAUGCAGUUUUGCCAAAAUAUACAGAUUUCUCCCCAAAAGUUGCUGAAAACUGCUUUUGGUAUCCGAGCAUUCAGCAAGUCGGAAAUUACCAAAGUGGUGGUUCAGACAGAAAUGUACCUCAAAAGUCAGCGAAUGAUGGGAGGAGGCAGCAGUGGGAUAGGACAACCAAAUGUACCAGAAACUCCAGCCUUAAACCGUUCUGUAUCACUGGAAGGUCUUCCAACCUCAGAAUCACAGUCAAAUAUCCAGAUGAUGUCCCACACCUUGACCAUCAAAGAGGGAUCUCGCUCUCCUGCUCCUCGUGUGAGAGCCAUGGGACAAUACCCAAUUCAAAGUGUCAAGUCAAUGGUCGUCACGAGGGAUGAGCUCUUGACAUUGUGGUCGUGGCUACCUAUGAGGAUGACGAUGCAUCAGCCAACUUUAGUGUACACAACAGAAGAACACGGCUGCUCCCUAACGACUUUCUUCCAGCGUGUAGAGAAGCACGAACCAACCCUUCUCUGCAUUCGCACCUUGGAUGAUUAUGUUUUUGGAGCAUAUUGUUCUACUGCUUGGGCCCAGCGGCACCAUAAGGAUGAGUUUGGUAACUGGCAGACAUAUUUUGGCACCGGUGAAACAUUCUUGUUCACUCUUCGACCAACAGUUGCCAAAUAUCAGUGGAUUGGGAUAUCCAAGCAACAAGAUAAUGCAGAACUUUCAUCAGUGGAACACUCACAAGAGCUUUUCAUGCAUGCCGACAGUAACAUGAUCACUAUUGGAGGAGGAAAUGGUCAGGGGAUCAUGCUGGAUCAUGACUUCCGUUACGGCAAGACAGAAACUUGCCAGACAUUUGAAAAUCCUCCUCUUGUGCCAAAUGGAGACUUUGAAGUUAAAAUUAUAGAAGUUUACAGUCUGGUCAAUAUGUGAAUGUAAAAUGUUUGUUGAAAGAAUGGAUCUAAUUGGUAAUUUAUGAAAAACAUAUGUAUUAUACAGUUGGUUCCAUUGCCCUAAAUUAUGUUUUGAUUGGUAUUUUCACUUAUCAGACAACUAAAUAAAGUUUCUUUUAUGCUAUACUUGGGGAAAUCGAAAAUUAACAUUUCAUUAUUUAAUAUAAGUAAAUUGAAUAAUCCAAAGAACAUAAACAAUCAAGAUAGACAAAUAAAAUACUCAUAUCUAUUUAGGAUAACAAUUAUCACUGGCUAGGUACCUGUAUACUGGGUUAGUUGUUGUAAUUUGUAUGUACAGUACUUUGUAUAGAAAAUUUAUUAUGUUCUGAGGCAUCAUUUGAAUGCAACUUGUAGGGUAGAUAAUUUAUCAUGUGCAGUGUUCUGCAUGUGGUUUAUGUAAAAUCCUAGUCACAUAUCUGUGUUCGUGCAAGCAUUGAUUACACGGGACCUAGUUUAUGCUUUGUGUGUAGCAAACAUGUCUUGUAUGUGUGGUCAGGCCAUUGUGGUUUCACUUUGUUAAAAAAGGAAUCUCAUGGAAGUAGUUUAAGAAUCUAGAGUUCUAGACGGAAGGCUAAGAUGAGGUUUUAGCAAUACAGUAAUUUGAGAUCAGAGCAUUAAAAUUCAUUGCUGCCUCAAACUUAAACUGAGUGUUAGCUUUGUACCUUGAUAUGCAAAAACAAAUGCUGCACACUUGAGUGUUUUAGUGACAUAGCUGUAGAUGCAGUGCAUCCAUAGUUUGCUUUACUGAUGCAUUAAAUGUAAGAAUAUCAACGACAAAUCAAAAAGUAGUCUAUUAACAUUGUGGAAUUUUGUCCGUUGAGUAGUAUGAGCCUCUCAUUGCAGACGUUUUACUUUGACAUGACAGUAGCUGGUUACUUUAAAAAAAAUCACAUAAUUUCUUUAAAUGGACCAAGAAACACAUUAUACUGAUCAUUAAUUGGGUAAGCUUUAUGACUGCUUUUUCUUUAAGAGGUAAAAGUAGGAUUUAGAGUGUUUGAUAAUUGUUUGCCAGAAAAAGUCUCUUCCUUCUCAAUAGCUGCAAUAUGAGGCUCUUUGACAUAUUUUGUUGUAAGCUCUUAAGUGUCUGCAUGUAAAGUCUCCAUAAUCUUGGAAGUGUGUGUUGAAUAGCACUCUGCCUUAAGGUGUGACUGUUGUGGUUUGUACUAUUAAGGUGCAACUGCUGCAGUUCUUUACUUGGUGAAUUGUAAUAAACUUGCCAGUAAAAGUUUAGAAGGCAAAUCCAUGUAUUCCUUUAGGUUUAUUAAACAUUUGUUGAUGGCACAGCUCAAAAGGGAAUGUUUUGUGGAGUAACAGAACCACUGCCAGGAUGUAGAUUUUUAAAGGGAAUAUAUAAUUUAUUUUUCUCAACAUUAUUCAUAUAUAUAUAUAUAUAUAUAUAUAUAUAUAUAUAUGGCUUGUUACACAUUAGUUAUUUAUUACAUUUAUGGGGAAUGUGUAGAAUUAUCAUUUCAUUAGAAACUCGCCAUUUACAAAAACAGCUUGCCUAAGAAACUGAAGUAAUUCAGUGUACCUCCUGCAGGUGAAAUACUUCAAUUCACACUUAUAUUGUUGUGGAUUAUUAGCAUGAUUGACAAAAUUAAUGUGAUAAUUCAUGUGAUUAAAGUAGUAACUCAUGCUUUUCAAAUCAAGGCAUGUAAUGCAUAAAUCUGUAAAAUGUUAAAUGGGAGUACAGUAUAUAGCAUUUAAUGGAUUAGCAGCUGAAACAUGUUAAGUGACAACCAGUUCACAUGUGGUUAAAUGUUCAAUGAAUAUUACUUGCAUACUUAUGCUGUCAUGUAGGGUGUCCAUUACUGUAGGUGGAAUCUCAAUUUUGUUUACAAGUCCACUUGAAGUAGUCUAUUUAUGAAGUUUAUUUGUAAAUAUUUGAUAUGGCCAGUAAUUAUUAGAUAAAUACUGUAAGUUGUUUAAUUUGGCAGUAUUUAUUCUUUCACCACUUGUUAUUAUUUUAUUGUGUUGUAGCAAUGAAAAUAAAGGGUAUUUAAAGGAAUGAAGACA